UCCCCGCGCGGCUCCAGGGGCUCGGGGACCCCGGCAGGGCGCUGUCGGGGCCAUGGCAGCCGGGAGCAUCACCACGCUGCCCGCCCUGCCGGAGGACGGCGGCAGCGGCGCCUUCCCGCCCGGCCACUUCAAGGACCCCAAGCGGCUGUACUGCAAAAACGGGGGCUUCUUCCUGCGCAUCCACCCCGACGGCCGAGUGGACGGGGUCCGCGAGAAGAGCGACCCUCACGUCAAACUACAACUUCAAGCAGAAGAGAGAGGGGUUGUGUCUAUCAAAGGAGUGUGUGCGAACCGUUACCUUGCUAUGAAGGAAGAUGGAAGAUUACUGGCUUCUAAAUGUGUUACAGACGAGUGUUUCUUUUUUGAACGAUUGGAAUCUAAUAACUACAAUACUUACCGGUCAAGGAAAUACUCCAGUUGGACUGUCAAGCCUCUGAAAUCAUAGAGCAGACUCCUUUAUAACCAUUUUGUUAUGCUCUUGUAGUUAUCCUGUGAGUGGAAUCCCACCAUGGUUAAUUUUUUGGCAUUUUCUUUGUUCCCUGCAUUUCAAAGAACUUGGAUUCAUUCUUCCAACAGCAAAAUGCUGCAGUCAUUUCAUCAGAAGUUUUCAAAAAACUUGCAAUUUACAGAAUUUUAUAAUACAGCUAGGGUUUUCACAUUUUAUAAGGUUGAUUUUUCAAUAAUAUGCAAAUUUCUGGGACAGGAUUUUUAUUGCCAAUAACUUAUUUUUGGCUGCUUUUUCUAAAUAUCCAGAUGAACCUCCUACAUGGGAUUUCUCUAAUUUUAUGAUGCUCUGUCAUUGUCUCCCAAAGUGUUUUAUGAGAAGCCCCUAAAAAAGCUGCCUUCCUUGCCUAUUUGCUGGGAAGCUUCACAAUUGCCACAGGUACAAAUUUUUGUUCAACUACCCUUUAAUGCCUCCAUUUUCUUGUUUGCCAAAUUGUCAGUUAUAUUUGUCUUCUUAGUAGUCCUACUAGUGAGGAAUAGGCAAGGAAGAGCAAGUCGUUGAAAGAAAAAAAAAUGUCUCGAUGUUUUUUCUGAUAAACAGCUCUGGAAAUAUGCACAGGAAAAGUGUUUAAUAUAUAAGAUGUUUGUCUGCCAUACUUGAAUAUAUGUGGACUUCCCUUAUAAUUGAGAUUUGCCUUAGGUCAAACAUGGUUAGAAAUUAUAUUUUUAAACUGAAAACAUAAAAGAAGAAUUUAUAUGUUAAGAAAAGGAAAACUUGCCUUAAUAAGAAAGAUAAUUUUUAGUAGUAUACAUGUUUGUUAUUAAAUUUGUUAAAGAUUGUGGCAGUAGUCUUAAAUUUUACAUGUCAUUUGCUGAUCUGAGUUAAAAAUUGUUUAAAUGUUUAUUUUUAUUCUUUAAACACUUUGAAAGAUGACCAUGGGGGUCUUGUUUAGCUUUUAGCAACACUAAUCAAGAGUUUGGCAUUUAGUUCCUGAGUCUGGCCUGUUGGUGUGUUAUGGAAGCACAGGACGGGGCUGGUGAGCGAAAUCUGCCCUGCUCAGCAGUCACCACAGCAGUUGAUUCAAAAUUGGCGCUGUCUGGGUAGUGUGAUCCGUUUAAUUUGAAUCCAUGAUAUUGACUAGACUAAAAACUGAAUGGGCAAAUAAGCGCUUUUGUAUCUAGAAGAACCCGUUCCAUCUUAAGAUUGAAAUCUCUUCUCCAAAGAUUUUACCAUGAAAUUAAAGAUUUUUCUAUCUAGAUAAAGUGCUUUAUUCUCGUGUACCUUUAUUAUUUUAAUGUAUUGUAAGCUAAACUGAAAUAACUGUUUUAUAGGUUUGAAGAACAUAGGAAAAACCAAGAGGGUUUUGUUUUUAUUUUUGCUGGUUGAAAGAUAUGUUUAAAAACGUCGUAGUGUUUUGUUUAGUUAAAGGACAAUAAUGAAAUGGAAUUUAUAUUUGUUAUUUCUAUUUUCUAAUAUUUAAUAGGAUGAGAUUGAAAUAAAAGGAAAAACUGUGCAGAAUAUGGGUUUUUCUGGUGUUUCCCUCUGACUCUGGUACACUGAUGAACUCUGAUCAGACCCCCCUGCUUUAAAGACCUUUGGCUAUGCAGGGAUGCUCUUCCUGUCAGUGGUAAUGAGAUUUUUUUUCAGGAAGGCAGCUUCUCCAUUUUUAACCUUGUACAUGUAUUGUACUCUUAGGGUAUUAUAUUAUAUGAAAACCUAAGGAUUGCAUUCUAUUUUGUAUACGCCCCCUUAAUGUUUUGCUUUUUUUUUUUUAAAGCACUACGGACAAUAGUGCUUCAUUUACCUAGUAGUAUCAAAGAAUGAAUGAUUCCAAACAAAUGUGCUUCUCAGUUAACUACUGUUUACUGCUUAAGAGCCAAUAUGAAUGUUUGCACAUUUGUGAUGGCAGUAUACCUAAAGUAUAUUACAUACUUUCCUAAAAACAGAGCUUAAAGAAAAUAAUUUAAAUAAUUCCUGGAUGAUCUGGCUUCAUCAUUAAGAAUAAUCUAUUAUUUUACUGUUACAAAAUAGAAAUGCUCUCUAUACAUAGUCUUCCAGAUCUCUACUGUCAGUUAUCAUUUCUAGCUGCUUUCACGGUUUUAUCAGUUCUGAGGCAAAGCUUCAAUUUAUACUACUCCUAGGUAGUGUGGUGAAUGCCAAUUGCUGCUUUUUUCUUACUUCCACAUAGUGAGGUGUAUAUACGAUCUCUGAAUAGGUGGGUUGUUGUGACAACCACAAACACACAAAGAAAGUAGUGAAUUCCUAAUAAUAUGGACUUGAAGUGUUCUGGAGUACACUCAAACCUACAAUUAUAGACAUUUGGCUUGGAAAUGUGUUUCUCCAUUUAAAUAUAUCUGAAACUCAGACUAUCCAUAAAAACUCAAAUGAGAAAAGUCAAUUCAUUUGAGAAGGCAAGACUCAGAAGAGGAAGCUACACAAACCUUCUCCUGUAGACUGCUGUUUGCCUGGUAUCAACUGGAUAAGGAUGUAAAACAUAAACUUAACUAGUUCACAUGAUGUCAUAUCACAUAAGGAUAGUGUGAGAUAAUCAGGAGCUCUAGAAUAAAUGCCCUUCUCUUUCAACACUUGCACCACUACAAAAUCCUUUUUAUUUCAACAGAAGGCCUAGCAAACUCUAAGCAAAAGGUCAGUAAGUUCCUAAAAAAACAAAAUUUGCUAUGGAUAUAUCUGAAUGUAGUGAAUUUACUUAUAGGAUAUUAGGAGUUGAUUCUAUACUAUGUAUAGGGCAUUUUUAAUUUGUGGAACAUUAAAAAAAAUCGUUUCAAGUAUAUAUAUAUAUUUAAAAUACUUAAAAAUAAUUUAGGACAUUGCCUUCAUAUAAAUGAUGGCUAAAGAGACUAGGGGACAUACAUAUUGAGGAAAAAGUCAUAGACAAAUAAUACUGAUAUGAAAUGAGUUCAUUUAUUAUGAUAGGGACUGCACUUGACCCAAUGGUUUAAGGAAUAGGUGGGAAAACUCAGUUUCUAUUCUUUCCUUCCUGUAAAAUCCUGACAUAAUGAGCUCAGUAAAUUGUUUUAGGAAGUUAUCUCUCAUUUCAGACUUUCUCACAUGAGACAUUUUACUAUGUUUUGGCUUUCUGACUAUCCAAAAUAAACAGUAGAUAAAAUUUUCAUAAACAGAAGAAUUAUGUCACCACUGUUCUAUAAUUGACUUUAUAAAUAAUUCUUAUUUCACAAUUCAUUUAAAAGUUACUCUUCAUCUUUGAUAGAAUGCUCAAGAAUUUGUUUUAUCAUAGUUUAAUUCCAACAAUUUUAGUUAUAUUCAAAAUAACCCUUAAUGCUAAACUUGACUGAUGUACAUCCAAAGCUUCUCAUUUUCAAGCAAAUUAAUCUAGAAGCAGUCCUAAGCAGAAAAACAGGUGUUAUGCUCCUAAUGGUAUUAUUUAUAACAAUGAAAUAAGUUGUAAUAUUAGAAGUUUUGCUGCUAAUUUUAUAUCAUCCCUGAAGUAACUUCACUGAAAUUUUCUGACUUAGCCUAAACCAAUUAGAAAAGUUAAAAUCUUAUUCUCAGCUCUACAGCAAGAAAGUAAACAUAUGAAUUUCCUCAACAUUUUCAAGUCAAUUAAAGAUAUGUAAUAUACACACCAAUAUCUUCUCCAGGCUCUGACAGGCCUCCUGGAAACUUCCACAUAUUUUUCAACUGCAGUAUAAAAUCAGAAAAUAAAGUUAACAUACCUUUUAUUCACUAACAUACACAAACACACACAGAUGCCACAAAAUUUACUCAUAAUUGGUCAAGGUGGUUGAGAAUUUAUUUUUUGGUAAUUACACGCAAAUUUUUUUCAGCUUCCUUCCUCACGCCUCCCUUCUUUUUAGGGAUAACUGGUGACUUGUGAAACCUUUUCCCACCUUUUUCUUCAGGAACUAGAAGUGGUUUUGUUUGGUUAAUGUGAUAAAUUCUGUAUGAGUGAAACAGUGGGGGGGAAACAUCUACUGAAUUUGUGUAGUUAAAAAAAUUUUGCUGCUAGUUUACUAAAAAAGAGAGGAAUCUUACUGAUGCUGCUAUAAAUAAGUAGAAAAUACAGUAUAAAUUUAAUCACUAAAGUAUGCUACUUUUAAUUUUCACAUUUACUUUCUGUAUUGUGUCUAAUCAGAUAUGUUCAUCUUAAGAUUUCUCUUAUUCUCUGUGUUAAUGAUUUUAUGUACAAAUGUAACUGCUUUUCAU